AUGGGAAAAGCCGGUCGCGUUGCGUGUAUCUUCACGCCCUAUAUCUUGACCAUCGCAUCAUUAAUAUGCAUCAUUAUGGUGGGAUUAGGUUGCACAAAAGCCAGCUCUGAUACUUUGAAUGAUCUAUACUUCAUUCGCCUCGACCUGUCAAACAUCAGUACAGGAACCGCGAUUACAUCAGAAGUUGAAAAUCGCCUCAAAGAUGCCCAUAUCACUUCGGUCACUGCAGAGGAGAUCUCAGCGACUAUCAAAACAUUCCAGGAUGAUGCCAACAUCGCUGAUUUCUACGAUAUUGGUCUCUGGGGUUACUGCGAGGGAAAUUCCACCAAAGGCAAGGAGACCGUCUCAUCCUGCACAGAGCCCAAGGCCCAGUUCUACUUUAACCCAUCCUCGGUCCUGGGCAUGAGCGAGAGCCAGCUUGAGAAGCAGCUUGGUGACGGCUUGAAGAAGACCAUGAACGUUUACAAGGCCGUCUCCAAGUGGAUGUUCAUUGCCUACCUCGUUGCCUUCAUUGCCACCUGCGUCCAGAUCCUGGUUGGUAUCUUCGCUAUUUUCAGUCGCUGGGGCAGCUGCGUCACCACCAUCGUCUCGAUUGUUUCGUUCCUUUUCACUCUCGGCGCGUCGCUUACCUCAACCAUCAUGUUCUCCAUCGCUAAGGGCACUCUCGGAUCAGCCCUCGACGUCUAUGGUGUUGAUGUGGACAUGGGCAAGAAUAUCUACAUCGCAACUUGGUUCGCAGUCGCCUUCUCUCUGGGUGCCACUAUCUUUUGGAUGUUCAGCACCUGCUGCUGCUCCGGCCGCUCGCCUUACAGCCACAAGGACCGCCGCAACCGCAACAGCGUCACGGCAGAGAAGGCUCCCUACACCUAUGAGCCCAUUGGUGCCGCCCACCCUCCCUUCGGUGCCCAGCCCUAUUCUCCCCAGCAGGGCUACACAACCUCCUACCCUCCUGCCCCCAACCACCACAAUGAUAUCCCCAUGACCCACAGCAACCAGCAGUCGAGCGCCUACGAGCCCUACCGUCAUGCCUAA